AUGGAAUGCCUAGGAAUAUUUUUUAAAGAGUUAAUACUUUCAUAGCCACUCCCAUCGGCAUUUUUUACCGAUCAUUGCGUGUUUCAAUGCUCUAGUGAAUCCAGCUCUAUGCAUCUGCGAGUUUCAUACCCGCCUGUGUUUGUUGUUGUUAUUUUCGGUUUCGUUAGUUUUGUUGUGAGUGGGAAGCGUCGUCAGCCCUCGGAAGCUUCGUGGUUGUGAAUGCCCUAGAAAGGAAAAUUUCAUUCAAUGGUCGUGUUGUUGUCAAUAUUAGAAUUUUUCUUAAGGUUCCUUUGAAGGGCCUUGCUUCCUGAUACAUUUCACUGUAAUUUAAUGAAGGAAAUCACGGAAAAUAUGUCGUCAACCAAAUCCCCUCCUGCAACUACUUUGGAUGGUUUGCCCAAGAAGUUUGUAGUUGCAAUGAGAACUUUAUUUGAUAUUAUGGAUGAUAAGCGUAUUGGAUAUGUCAGCUACACCGACAUUGAGAACCGUUGGCAUGAUGAUGGCACCAAAGGAUUGCCAAAAGGUGUUCUUGAUUGCCUUCAGAAAGUAACUCCACCUAAUGGGUUGUUAACAUUUGAGCGGUUCUGUGCUGGCCUUAAAAUAUGUUUGCUUCGAAACCAAGCUGAAACAGGGCGUACCAAACUCUCUGAUUGUGGAGCUCAACCAUUGCGUCCACCAUCUGCACCUCUUUUAGAUGUGGAUCCCAUUCCCCUUUCAACGUUUCCAGCGUGGAACCCAAGCAACAUUUCUGGGCCACAGCACCGUGCUGCCAGCAUGCCUCAGCUACCCAAUGAUUCAAGAGACCCUGACACAAGAACUUAUUCAGACAUGCCAUCAGAAUCAGUCAUCAGUGCCGUGGCUGGAAAUAAUCCUCCGGCAGGAGGUAGCAAAGCUCAUCUCUUUGGUCCACCGAAGCCACCCAGAACUGCAGCAGGGCUCCUGGCUUCACGGGAAAGUUAUUCAGGGCUAGAUCGAACAAUUACUGAUCGCAGUAUGGCAGAAAGAAGUGCAUUGGACAAAGCUGAAAUAAGGUCUGCGCUACAAUGUUGGCAACAGCGUGCCACCCAGCCAGUAUGGAACAAUCGGGGAUCAGGUGAUGGAAAGCCAGCAGCUUUGAAUCCAUGCUCAACAUUUCCACUGAAUAAAAAUGAAGCUGAAAGUGGAUCUGGCAGUCAUAAAAGAAGUACAGGUCGCCGGCGAGAGCCUCGUAGACAUACAUUGCAGAAUGGCAUUGAUUACAAUAUGCUUAAACGUAUGAAGCAAAUGGAACAAGAAAAGGAAGUACUUCUAGAUGGUCUUAAAGCUGUUGAUCAAGCCCGAGAAUGGUACUUGAAACAGGUUGCAUCUGUCACUGAGAAAAUGAAAUAUCUGGGCAGAAUGGGCUCUCACAUGGAGCCAUGGAGUGAAACUCAGCAAGAACGAAUUCAGCUUCAAAGAGCCCGCGUUCUAGAAGUCAAUCGUCACCUCGCUGCACUUACAGAUGGUGGUGAACGAGGUGGUUUCCCAUUGCAACUCAACUUAGCAGUGCAUGGAUCUCUAGGAGCUCAACAAUUACAGCAACAGGCAGCUGCUGCUGCAGCAGCUCAAAGGUUCCGGCACCAGAACUUGAUGCUUACUGAGGAGGUCAGUAAGAAGAACGAUCGCAUCACAACUCUUGAGCGUGAAAAAGCAUCGUUGAUCCGCGAGCUGUACUCCUUAAGAAGAUCAUCUCACCCACAAAAUGAACGAGGUUUUGUUUAAGGCCCCAUCCAGUAUGUAUCUGUUUGAGUGUUUUGUCCAGUUACCUCUUAAUGUUUCAAAUUAGCUCAUCUUUUUGCUGUAUUGUCUCAUCCCCAAAAGUGCAGAGGCACAAUGUACAAGUCAAGUGUGUUUUGAAUAUAACUCAUUAUUGUACUUAUGCAGUAUACGUCUAAUUUGUUUUGACCCCAAGAAGGAUGGUGUAUCAGAGACAGUACAGAAUAAAGCUAACAGUUGUUUUUUUGUUAUCUUUUUCUUUUUUGGAAUUGAAGUUGUUUGGAGAAAGAAAUUUGUUUCUUUAGUUUUUGUUACUUAAUUGAAUGUGCACUGUUAUUUUAAUGCACAUCUAUCUUCCAAAUGCCAUGUGCUUAACUCAUUAAACAGGAAUUAAUCCGUCCUUUUUGAAGAAAUAUUUUCACUGCCGUCCAUUAUAAGAGAGAUGUAUUGUGAUUUUGUUAACUUCUAUCUUAUAUACUGUAAUCAAUUAGCACUGUGGCGUUCUAUAAUUGUUUGAUACUAGUAACCACAGACUAUUUGAGGUUUAUUAUUAUUAUUAUUACAGGAUUUCUGGCCUUUCCGUUUGUGUCUUCUUACUUUAUCAUGAUUGUUUUUUUGUUUUUUUUUGUAGUGUUUGUUUGUUAUGAACUUGCUCAAUUAUUGCUGCUUGUUAGCUUGGCCCUCUUUUUAUUCACAAUGUUAAUCUUGUUAAAUUUUGUUAUUGUAUGUGCAACUAAUAUUUUAUUCUCAAGAUUCUUGUUUUAUUUGGAUUCUGGUCAUUCCUAUGGCUUAUUAUUCUAGACUUACAGACUUGUCACUAUUCCCAUUAUGUGCCAUUGUGUUUUGUCUGGUUUCAAAUUUUACAUUGCCUCACCUAUGGAAGAGGACAAAUAAUACAGAGAAUACUAGAA